AUAGGGUUGUUUCUCUGUGUGUUAUAAUAAAAUUUAAUUAAGACUUGAAAAGAAAAUACAUUACAUUAAUUCCUCAAAACGAUUAAGAUUUCGCUACAGAAGUUUACUACCUCCACAGAAUAUCUGAUAUUGGUGUUAUUAUUAUACGUGCUUGCAAUUAAGUAAACAAAUAAUUUAUUUCUUCUUGUUGAACUCAGUUCUCUUCUGGUGCUUGUGUAUUAUUCCAAGAAAAAAGAAAGUGUACUUUUUUCCCUUUAAUACGCAGCAAAAAAAGUGCAGUUGAAAAAUGAAGUCAUCGAAAAUACUUUUUGCUGUAUGCCUGUUUGUAGGACUCCUAGUCGUUCCCUUUAAUUGUGAAGCAGAUGAUAAAGUAACAACAACAUUAGCGCCUAAAAAUGAAAACACAACAACAACAACAUUAGCACCAUCACCAACUCCUGAAACUACUACUACAUUAAAACCAGAUAAUACCACAACUCCAGCUCCUGAGACAACAACAACAACUAAAGCACCAGAUACCACCUCAACUAGCACUAAAGCUCCCGAUACUACAACAACCACGACUAAAGCACCAGACACUACCACUAAAGCUCCAGAUACUACAACAACUGUUGCUCCCGAUACAACAACAACUACCACAACAGUAGCUCCUAAUACUACUACUACUACUACAGUUGCUCCAGUAACCACAACAGUAGCACCUAAUACUACAACUGUAGCCCCUUCACCAUCUCCCAAACCCGGUCCAGUACCACCAUGCGGUCACUUUGAUGGACCCUCUUUCAUAGGUGGUAUCGUGUUAACUUUAGGUUUAUUGGCCAUCGGUUUGGUAGCCUACAAAUUUUACAAGGCUCGCAAUGAACGCAACUAUCACACCCUUUGAGCCGCCACUGCAUUUACGUCUGCAUUUAAUGCGGCUUCUACAGCGGCUGCUGCUGCUUCUAAUGCAGCUGCCACUGAUGCAGAACGUGUACGUUUUGUACAACCAGCAAUACCUUUGCGUUCACCACCCUCUCCGCCCCCACCACCACCAAAUCAACCGCAACAGCAGACAUCUCCCUCAGCACGUCAAAGGCUACUCUAUACAUAAAAACUCCACUCUUCCUACCACAAGCAACAUCAAGAAAUAUUUCUUCAGAUUCUUUUCAACUUUUAUUAUAUCUUCUUAACCAAACAUACAUACAACUAUAACGUAUGUAUUGUACUAGCUACAGUGAAAUUUUCAUACAUACGAAUACAUCAUAUGCAAGCAAGCAACUACAUAAGUACUAAAAAAAAAACUAAGUUAAAAACGUGUACCCGUACGUAUAAAUAUUAUCCUAUAGAACAAAGAAAACAAACGAAAAACAAAACAUCAUGGGCCUUUAAAUAUUUGUAUUUUUUAUUAAAUAUACAUACAUACAUUGCAGAACUUAUAUAUUGAUUGAAGAAAUUAACAAAUUAACAAAUAAUAAUUAUGUAUAAUCUUUUACUAAAUAUACACAAAAUACACCCAGAAUCUACUAAACUAAGUUAAAACAAAAGGAAUAAUGCAACAUACAUAUGUGAGAGAGCAACAGGAAAAGAUUAUUAUCACACACAGGAUAAUUAGCAUACAUACAUAUUUGAGACUGUUUGUAUAAAUAAAGUAAGAAUUAUUAUGAAUGAAUUAAAUAAUAAUAUGUGCUUCUUACAACACCCCCCAAAAAAGAAGAAAACUAAAUUUAUACUAACAAAUUUUUCAUGGAAAAAGAUUAAUUAAAUUAAAUUUAAAAGGAAAACAAAAACAUAAUCUUAUCAAUUAUGAUUAUAAAACAAAAUUUAUCUAUUAUAUUGCUAAAUUUAAUUAAGAGGGAUAAAUUAUAUAUAUACAUAAAUACAAAAUAGUAUGUUACAAAAACAAAAAUAAAAGUUCUACGGAUUUAAUAAAUUUAAAAGAAUUUCAAAAUGAAUUAAAAAAAGAAAAAUAAUUAACCGCAUACUUGUAUACAUAUGCAAUUAUAACUUUGUAUUUUAUUGUAUGCAAAUAUACAAUGUAUUUGAAUAUAAUUUUUAUUAAAAAAAAGUUAAUUUUGCUUUGGAUAUGCAUACAUACUUUCAUACUAAUUUGCUCAACUGAAAUUACUCAUAGAGUAUUAAAAUCACAAAAUGUUUACUUUUUAAAAUGCUUAUACUUGCGAAUUUGAUAUCAUUAUUAUUUUAAUCUUCAUUUUUUUCCGUUUUCUUUUUCUUCACAGCUAAACUUCAUGAUAAGAAAUCCCUGUGCCAUGAGCCAAUGUCUGUAUAGUUUUUUUAAGUUUUUGUUUUCUUUUUCUGAUAUAAACAAAUCACUGCUUGCUUUGUGCAGCAUUUUAUGUAACUUAUACAUGUAUGUUGGAUUGUAGCACUAUUAUAAAUAAUUCUUCUGAACCAUUAGUGUACAUUUUGCCUAUAAAUAAAAUUGCAAGACUUUGAUAACUACAUACAGCUUUCCUUAAGGCAAUAGUGUAGUAUGUAUGUAUUGAAAAUAUGUAUAUGUUUUCAAGAAUUUGCUUAAUAAGCGAUAAUUUUUUAUAUAUUUUUUAUGUUUGUUCAUAUCAGUGUUUUUGUUUGUUUGCUUUUGAAGAAAAAAAAAAAGUUUUUAAGUUUUAUGUAUGUUUUGUUUUUAAUGUAAUCUCAAAUAUUAUUAUUGUUACCUAUAAUAAUUUGAAAUAAAAUACAUGUUUGUAUAAUCUUCAUGUAUAAUGUUUAAUAACAGAUAAAAUCCCCCCAAAAAGGAACCCCAAAUUCACUUAUAUAUACAUAUUGUUUAUCAAUCAUUCACUAACAAUAAUGCUUUAUGUUAUUGCUAAAAUUAGUAGUCUUUAUAACAUAAAACAAAAAUAAUUAAAAACUAUGAAAUUAUAGAUUUUCUUUUUCAAAAUAUUUUAUGAAAUAAAACACAAUCUUAAAUA